UGUAGUUGGGACAUUACUUGCAUUGCGUGUCAAGCUUCUCCUGAUGACAAUUAGCAGACCUAAGAAUAGAAAUUUGGCUGGUGGUCCAUGCAUUAUAAGUCAGAUUGGAACCUUGUUGCCGUGGUGCCUGGACGAGACGACCAACUUUUGUGUCAGGCUGUUCAACCAGAUUUCUGUUCGUCCUCUCAAGGCUCAAAAGGAUCUGACAUAUUGCUUUUCAAGGUAUGGCAUCCAAUGUCACAGUCCAAUCUGUCUUGGGAAAGAUUAGCCAGGUUCACCUGGAAUGUUCCAUCUGCUCCUGUCGUUUCAAGGAGCCUAAACUGCUGGACUGCUUGCACAGUUUCUGCUUGAAAUGCCUCCAAGAGCUCAGACACCAUCAUGACCCAGAUAGUACCAAGCUAACAUGCCCUCUCUGCAGACGUGACACCCAGCUAAAAGGAAAUGGAGUUGCUGCACUGCCUAAUCACUUUACACUGGGGGCUCUGGUGGAGGAAUUCACCAUGCAAGAACAGCUCCUUGAAGGUCAAGGGUUAGAGAUCAAAUGUCAGAACUGUGAGGAGGGAAAUAAAGCCAUCUCUAGAUGCAGUGACUGUGAUAGUUUUUUCUGUCUGGAGUGCAAUAAGGCACACAGACGAAUGGCUAUGCUGAGAGCUCAUGAGGUGAACACACUGGCGCAGUUACAAUCAGGUGAGAUCUCCUUCAAGAGUAAACUCAGAAAGCAGGUUCCAAAAUGUGGCAAGCAUCCAGACCAGAAUGUCAACAUUUACUGCAACACUUGUGAGAAGCUGGAAUGCACAACUUGUUCUCUUCUUGAUCAUGCAAAGCACUCUCUCACUGGACAAAUGGAGGCCUUUGACGAGUGCAAACGAGAAAUCCACGCACUAAUGGCAAAAGCUGAACAGAAAACAGCAGAAUUUAAGGUGGCAACACAGGCAACUGGAAAGAUGCAAAAGACACUGUAUGGUAUGCUUGCCAGUGUCAACAAGAAAAUAGAUCAAAAGGUUGACGAAGGGAGGGACAGACUGGAACAGGAAGGGAAGACACUGAAGCAAGAGGCUGAGAGAUUCUACAAAGGCAGAGUUAAGAAACUGGAAGCAGCUCAUUCAUCCAACAGAACUGAAGUGAGCCACACAGAGCAAAAGUUGGAUGAGAUGAAACAACUCAUGGAUCAGGCGAGCUGCCACGAGAUACUGGAUCUGAAGCACAAAUUACUGCACAACCUUAAAGAACUGACAGAGAAAACGCCGCACGAAGUACCCCGCGGCCUAACUUUCAUCAACUUUGAAAGCAAGGACUUGUUAUUCACAAUAGGGAGGCUGGUCCAAGUACCAGCAGAUGAGAAUGACCCAAAACCAGAGUUGAAGGUUCAAACUGUAGAUCCAUCAAGCCAAGUGCCUUCAUGUCUGCCAAACAAGUGUCAAAAAAAAGCAGAAAUACACAAAUUUGGAAAAUAUGGGACCAAGUUUGAAUCGGCAUCUCAUGUAGCAGUAUUUUCCAACAAUGAAGGGGUCAUAGUAGAUAGGUCGUGUAACAGAUUGAUCAGUUUCAUACCCAAGUCACCUCAAUCACCUGCAGUCUCAAAAGAAAUUGAGAUUUAUGGUCUCUAUAAUCCAAGGUGUGUAGUGGUAACCAAGGACGACAAGCUUAUUGUUGUAGCUGGUCAAAUCAUCAAGACAUUUGACAGAGCAUAUUGUCCCCUCAUUCACUUCAAAUCUGGUAAGAAGGCUAAAAACUACCCAACAUGUCUUGCUGUAAAUGACAACAAUCAGAUAGCAGUGGGUUUUAGCAAGGAGGAAGAGAUAUUCCUACAUAAUCUUGACGGAACUCUCAUCACAAGAUUUUCUGCUCCUGGCAUCGGUGAUUAUUUGACAUCCUACAAGCAGCGCCUUAUCUACACUGACAGUGACAUGCACAAAUUAACGUCAGUCAACUACAAUGGCAGAGAGGUAUUCUCAAUUGGUGUUAAUGCCACUGGACAUGAAAGAGGGAAGAGCACUCUUGAAGGUGUGUGCUGUGAUGAAGAUGGAAACAUCUAUGUUGCCAUGGAGUUGGUUGAUGAAUCGGAUGAAAUUCACCAGUUUAGUCCCGACGGCCAAUACAUUGGUUGUGUCAUCAAGGGAUUUGAUCAUGUGCGCGGUAUCGCUCAUGCCCCAAAUGGUGACCUGGUUGUGGCAGAAGAGACUUCAGUUGUAGUCUGCCGCCAUGUCUUACUGUCAUAGCUACAUGUACACUCUCAUCACAUUCAAUUAGCCUUUUGCGAGUUAACUUUGACCCAAAUGUGGUACACUGAG